AUGGGAAACGGUCUUGGUUUUCCCCUAAUGUCAGUAUUGUUUGGUGAUCUUAUUGAUACGGUUGGUCGAAACCUGUUCACAAACGACAUUGUUGAGUUAAUCUCCAAGAUUUGUUUGAAAUUUGUCUAUCUUGGACUUGGGACAUUUGCAGCAGCCUUUCUUCAGGUGGCUUGUUGGGUGAGUACGGGAGAAAGACAAGCUGCAAGGAUAAGGAGUUUAUAUUUGAAGACAAUUCUAAGACAAGACAUUGUAUUCUUCGAUGUUGAAACAAACACAGGAGAAGUCAUUGGUAGAAUGUCAGGUGAUACUGUCCUUAUACUGGAUGCUAUGAGUGAGAAGGUUGGGAGGUUUAUACAGUUGCUUUCAACAUUCGUGUGUGGAUAUGCUAUAGCGUUUAUGAAAGGAUGGUUACUUACACUUGUUAUGUUAACUUCAAUUCCACUUGUAGCUACGGCUGGUGCAGCUAUGUCAAUUCUUUUUACUAAGGCUUCUUCUCAACAACAAGUUGCUUAUGCGGAAGCAUCAACUAUUGUUGAACAAACUUUCGGGUCUAUUCGAACCGUUGCUUCUUUUACGGGAGAGAAGCAAGCCACGAGUAGCUACCAAGAGUUAAUAAAUUCAGCCUAUAAAUCGAGUGUUAAGCAAGGUUUCACCACAGGUGUAGGUUAUGGAGUAAUGUCCUUGGUGUUCUUUUGUAGCUAUGGUUUGGCUGUAUGGUUUGGUGGAGAGAUGAUACUCAGAAAAGGGUAUACAGGUGGUGCAGUGAUCAAUGUAAUGAUCAUUGUGGUCACGAGUUCGAUGUCUUUAGGGCAAGUAGCACCAUGCCUAACCUCAUUUGCAGCUGGUAAAGCGGCAGCUUAUAAAAUGUUUGAAACUAUAAAAAGAAAGCCGUUGAUUGAUGCUUUUGACCUAAACGGGAAGGUUUUAAAAGAUAUUCAAGGCCAAAUAGAGCUGAGAGAUGUGUGUUUUAGUUACCCUGCAAGGCCUAGAGAAGAGGUAUUUGGUGGAUUCUCUCUGAUGAUACCUAGUGGCACAACCGCUGCUUUGGUGGGCGAAAGUGGGAGUGGGAAAUCUACUGUGAUCAGUUUGAUAGAAAGGUUCUAUGAUCCGUGCUCUGGCCAAGUGCUUAUUGAUGGUUUUGACUUGAAGGAGUUUCAGCUGAAAUGGAUUAGGGGAAAGAUUGGAUUGGUUAGUCAAGAACCGGUUCUGUUUUCUUCAAGCAUAAUGGAGAAUAUUGGGUACGGUAAAGAGAGAGCCACGGUCCAAGAGAUUGAAGCAGCGGCGAAGCUAGCAAACGCGGCUAAGUUUAUCAAUAAGCUGCCAAGGGGUUUAGAUACAAUGGUAGGUGAACAUGGAACGCAUUUCUCAGGAGGACAGAAACAGCGGAUUGCAAUCGCAAGGGCUAUACUUAAAGAUCCGAGGAUCUUGCUGUUAGAUGAAGCGACAAGCGCUCUUGAUGCAGAAUCCGAACGAGUGGUUCAGGAGGCUUUAGAUAGGGUGAUGGUUAACCGGACUACUGUGAUUGUCGCACAUCGGUUAAGCACUGUGAGAAAUGCUAAUAUGAUUGCUGUGCUUCACCGUGGAAUGAUAGUUGAAGAAGGUUCACAUUCGGAGUUACUCAAGGAUCAUGAAGGGGCUUAUUCGCAACUUAUACGUUUACAAGAGGUAAACACAGAAUCAAAAGGAAUGGAGAUUUCAGAUGGAUUGCAAGAGGGAUCACCAAGAGGAAACAGUAGAGGAAGUAGGCAUGAUGAUGAUGAAUCUGUUACCGUUCCUGGUUUACUUGCAAGCCAAGAAAACACAGAAACGCCUAUAGAGCUGUCUCAAGAUGUGUCCAUUACUCGAAUCGCUGCUCUAAACAAACCGGAGGCUCCGACUCUCAUACUUGGAACAUUAGUGUGUGCAGUUGACGGCGUUAUACCCCCGAUUUUCGGACUCCUCUUUGCUAAAGUUAUCAUAGCUUUCUUCAAACCGCCUAAUGAGCUGAGGAGCGAUUCAAGAUUCUGGUCGAUGAUAUUUGUGCUUCUUGGUGUAGUUUCUUUGAUAGUGUAUCCAAUGCAUAUGUACUUGUUUGCGGUAGCUGGAGGGAAACUGAUUCGGAGGAUAAGAUCAAUGUGUUUUGAGAAAGUUGUUCACAUGGAGUUUGGGUGGUUUGAUGAGCCAGAGAACUCAAGUGGUGCCAUGGGAACUAGGCUCUCUGCUGAUGCAGCCUUGAUCAGGAAUCUUGUGGGGGACUCUUUGGCUCUAACUGUCAAGAACAUUGCAUCCGCAGUGGCGGGAAUAAUCAUAGCUUUCGUAACUAGCUGGGAAUUAUCGGUUAUUAUAUUAGUAAUGAUUCCUUUAACUGGAAUCAAUAAUUUCGUUCAAGUUAAGCUCAUGAAAGACUUCAGUGCGGACGCAAAGACAAAUUACGAGGAGGCGAGUCAAGUUGCGAGCGAUGCGGUUGGGAGUAUAAGAACGGUUGCGUCUUUCUGCGCGGAGGAGAAAGUGGUGCAGAUGUAUAAGAAACGAUGUGAAGUUUCGAUCAAAUCUGGGAUGAAGCAAGGACUAGUUGCCGCCUUAGGGUUUGGUCUCUCUUUUUUCCUUCGCUACUCAGUCUACGCUGCUUGUUUCUACGCUGGUGCUAGAUUGGUUAAACACGGAAAGACAACCUUCAACGAUGUUUUUCAGGUGUUCUUAGCGUUGACGAUGACAACCAUUGGGAUCUCCGCAGCGAGUUCUUUGGCUCCUGAUUCAAGUAAAGCUAGGAGUGCUGCUGCUUCGAUUUUUGGGAUUAUUGAUAGAAAAUCGAAGGUAGACUCGAGAGAUGAAUCGGGGAUGGUGUUGGAGAACGUAAAGGGAGAUAUCGAGUUUUGUCACAUAAGCUUUGCUUACCAAACUAGACCUGACAUUCAGAUUUUUCGUGAUCUUUGUUUCUCCAUUCGUGCCGGAAAGACUGUUGCUUUGGUCGGAGAAAGUGGAUCGGGUAAAUCUACGGUGAUAUCGCUAUUACAAAGGUUUUAUGAUCCGGACUCGGGUCAUAUCACUCUAGAUGGAGUUGAGCUCAAGAAGCUGCAACUGAAAUGGCUAAGACAACAAAUGGGGCUUGUAGGGCAAGAGCCUGUACUGUUCAACGACACAAUACGAGCCAAUAUUUCUUAUGGAAAAGGUGGGGAAGAAGCAACCGAGGCUGAGAUCGUAGCUGCCUCCGAGCUCGCUAAUGCCCAUAAAUUCAUCUCUAGUAUACGACAGGGUUAUGAUACGGUGGUGGGAGAGAGGGGGAUUCAGUUGUCAGGAGGACAAAAGCAGCGCGUGGCAAUUGCACGUGCUAUCGUGAAAGAACCGAAGAUCUUGUUACUAGACGAAGCGACGAGCGCGUUGGACGCAGAGUCAGAGCGCGUGGUUCAGGACGCACUUGACAGAGUGAUGGUGAACCGGACCACCAUCGUGGUGGCUCACAGGCUUUCGACCAUCAAGAAUGCUGACGUCAUUGCCGUAGUGAAGAAGGGUGUGAUCGUGGAGAAAGGAACGCACGAGACGUUGAUGAAUGUGGAAGGUGGUGUUUAUGCUUGCCUCGUUGAACUUCACAUGAGUGCUUUCUAA